AUGGCGUUCGAUUCUAGUGAUGAUAACAUUUCACUGACCUCCACCGUGAUCUCUAUCCACUCCGAAAACGAAUUCUUUGAAGUCGAGAGAAUCCUUGCUGAAAAUAUUGAUAGCAGCACUAAAACUUUUCUUAUUCAGUGGGAAGGGUAUCCAAUUUCGAGAGCUACGUGGGAACCUAGGAAACAAAUCCAACAUUUACGUCCCGUAAUGGUUGAAUGGCGUGAAAGACAAGCAGCGGAAGCAAAUGGUGAUCAAAAGCCAUUUGAUACAGCAGCUUGGGAGGCAGCGCGUAGGGAUUCCGAGAACGAAAAACAAAAAAGAAAAUAUCGUAGAAGAUCCAAAAGAAAACGACAAACAAGGGCUGUGAGGUCUGAUCAAGGGAGAGAUAUGAGAUCAAGAUCAACAUCAAUCAAGAAAAAAGAGUCCAAAGGCUCAUCAAGUGAUGAGGCUAUAGAAAAUUUUCGAAUCAAAAACGAUCCAGGGGAAAAACUCAUACAAGAUAAGGAAUCUGACGUUUCGUCAGAGCCAAGGAAUCCUCUAAACCGUAGAGCUCCUCGGGUCAAACGGUGGAUAUCAAGUAGCGAUGACGAAGUUGCCAGCUUAACGGCCCCAUCCGCUGCAUCAUGUCCGAGGAUUGCAGAGGAUGUCAACAAGUCAAUAGACCAAACAAAAAAUAACUUAGAUACAGUAGCUAUAUCCCCUUUCUUACUUUUGCCUGACUCACCUAAGAGAAAAAAAAUAUUUCCUCCUCGGAAGCGUUUAUCUUCCUCUUCCUCAGACGAACCUCUAUCUCAGGUUUUAAGACGGUCAAAAUUCCCCCAGGUUAAAAAUCUAGCAUAUGGCGCUACUCUGAAUAAUACAAUAAAGCCUCAUCAGAAGGUCUCUGACCCAUCUGGUGACUCAAAUUUUUCUAAAGUAAGUUCGUUAGCCAAGAAAAGCUUAGGAUCCAGAGAAGUGGAAUCAGUAAAUGCUUCUAACAACCCGUCUACUGCACAGUCAGAAGGCUCAAAGGAAAAGAAUUUCAAAAGUCAAGCAGUCUCAUUGCCGCAAAAAACACAUAACUCUUCAUGUAAAUCUCCCAAUAAAAGUAAUGAAAACAUAGUUCACAGGGAUGAGAAAUCAGUUAGAAAUUCCGGAAAUCUGUCAUGUAAUACUGAAGCUAAGAUAGGUUUGAAUGAAAGCUCUAAUUCGCAACUUGAAACAGGUCAGCAAUUAACUUUGCCUAAAAUUCCGUCACGUGAUACCAUACAAAAGAAGACCUUAGUCAACUUACCAGGAAGCAAUGAGUUUCUUCAUAAACCAGUUAUAGAGGGAAGCAUCACUAAAACUCAAAAUACGUCAUCAAACGCACCGAACAAUAUAGUGAAGCCUUUUCAAAGUAAACAUCAAGACUCUCAAACCAGAAAAUCCAGCUCUACCGCACCCAAUCUUCACCACGAACAAAACCCAAGAUCCAAAAAAAAUUCAAUCAAACAGUCCUUGACGGUGAUCCCUUGCCUUAGUCAGAAAGCCCCAAAAGAUUCUUCUCAUUCAGAAAUAAUAAAAUAUAAUUCUAAAAAUAGCUCAUCAAUAGGACCCGGUGCACUAGCUGAGGCAACCAAGAUAUCACAGAGCCCACAAAUUCUUCCCUUGAAAAGUAAAUCCCCAGUAACACCGAACGAUAUAAUUAGCAAAGAAAUUCUUGGCCCUAUCGCUCGGCUGCAAACUCUAGGUACAGCUGUAGACACGACGUGUCCUAAAGCUAAGGACUCUCAAUAUUUGGUAACGGAUCAGAAUCAUGCAACUACUUCAAACGACGCAGAUAAUCAAAAUAGUAAAGUACUACAAGCACAAAAUACAUCUCAUAUCAACAAUCAAAGUAAAAAACUUCAUGAAGAUUCCGGUAAACCUAAGCGACAACAGGAUAGCCAAGAAACAAGUUAUCGCCCAGCCUGGGAUCCAAAUAAUCCAUUUAAAUCUAUUUGUUACUUCUGGAAUCGUGAUAAAGUAUGUGCUAGGAUAUCUACUUGUCGCUUUAGUCACUCUAUAGACCCUCAUCUACCAAUCGCCCCGUGUCCUAAAGCACAAAAGAGAAUUAGAAAAGCAUUGACUAAUCCCGCAUCCAAAUUUCGGUUAACGAAAAAUUGUCCGCAACCUUUAACUUGUAAAUCUGAAAACGAUAUUCUAUCUAAUGAGACUUUACGACCAAAGGAAAAAGCUGAAGAUGGGAUUAAUAGUAGAUUGAACACGAGUGCCCUAGCUGAUAAAGAAGCUCUAACGCAAUCUGAAGAUAAAUUACAUCAGGAUUCCCCUGAUAUCAUCCAAAAGAACAAAAAUUCUUCAUUAGAGUGCAAGGACUCACAGGAAACCUCGCAUAAUUCACUGCGUAGAACUGUUAGAUUCAAGGAUCCAAGUGAUAAACAAAUAUUUACGAAUACGGAAAGCUUUGACUUUGAAAAAGGAACAAAAAUCAGGGAAGACGACAAAGUAGUACCACAAAUACUCAAAGACAAAGGUAUAACGCUCCUUGAGCUCGGAAAUCUCCACUCAAUGGCCAUAAAUGAUAACCCAUUGAUAGAAAACGUAUUAAAUCUUAAGUCAGCGUCUACCGACGUAGCCAAAUCCAACCAAAUCUCCUUUCCUUCACCCAACAGCAAUAAAGGAGUGAAAGAUGUUGUAUUAGGCGCAGACGACAUCACUGUCACAUUUGAUUUUGGAGAGUACUGUGCGAUUUCCCCACACACGUGGAAGGAAGCCUUCGGUACUGUUGAUAAGCUCUAUUUUAAACAGUCUUGUAUCGCACAAGACUUCCAAAGUCAAUCAGAGUUAAAUAAAUUACCUGUUCUCUGGCAAGAUGGUAUUAAGGCCGUUGACCCAAACGAUACAGAAACAAAGAAAAUUACCCAAGAUAUCUAUGACGAACUAGUUCUAGGGUAUACUGGCUUGAUCGCUAGAUUUGGAGAAUAUUUUGUCCUAGUAUAUCCUGCUAAAAGAGGAGAAUGGGGCUUUCUUGAUGAGUCACAGUACAGCAAUUUUGAUUUUCGGCUUUGCUAUUCUAUUUUCGCAUUUAAUGGAUACGAAGUACCUCAAAGUUCAACACCCAUUGGCACUGGAGCUAUACCAUAUGCUCAGCAUCUGUUUUUUAUGGCGCAAAAUAUACUAAUUAAGGACUUAUUUUUAUACCCUCUUGAAAAUUGUGGUCCUUCUACUCGCUCGAUUUAUUUAUUAUUCCCCCCUUCUGCUUCUCAGCUUGCUGAUACAAUUAAGACUUGCCUUUUAUCACAUAACCCAGCCACCAAAAUAUACGGAAGCAUGACCCAAGGAUCAUGGGAUAUGUUCUGUCAAUCCCAGUUAUCAAAAAAAGGAGAUGGAUUAUGUAUUAACAAAGAUUCCGCAAUCGUAUUAGCGCACGAGUCAAUAGUGACAGGGCUAUGUCGAGUGCCGAACCUUUUCGCUAUGCUAAAUAAUACUGACGCUAUUUUCUGGCAGAUUUCAGAAAAUGUUUCAGCUUAUCCUCCAUAUCCAUCACAUUACCCCAAUAGAGAUGUCAGAUUAGGGAAUAUUAAUUCCAUUAGACUUUUCCCAAGUGGCUGUGCAGUAUUUCUAACGCCAAGUUUUCUCAUAGCCGAGCCCAAAGCAGCCCUUAACUUUAUCAGAUGGUUUUCACAUGAGAAAGAUUUAGACGUAUCCACACCUUGGAAACUUGCUGGAGCCUACGGUCUCUCAGAUUACGUUUUGGAAGUAGCUAGUAGCAAAGCUAGCGAAGCUUCAUGUUAUGAAGAACGACAUUUAAAUGAUCCACGAAAAAAAUCUAACAUGGAAGAAAGAUGUUUGGAUUAUGAAACCUGCGAUGCAAGGUGGAGCCUUUACUCAGAAAUUGUAAAACUUAGCCCAUCUACUCCAGAUUAUUCUAAUUUCGAGGAUGAACUGGAGGAUUGUCUUGUACAAGCUCCGUUUUCUAUACAUCCCGACAAUGAGCACGAAUUAAUUCGCUGGUUUGCUGCCUGGAGCUCGAUUAACGCGGAUGUUUUACGAAAAUUUAUCAUAAUUGGCACUAACAAAUCAAAUGCUUUUAAGGCCAGAUACAUUAAGAAAAUUCAGUCGAAGAAUACCGAGGGUAAAGUAACACCCGAAAGCUACAUACCCGAGAGAUAUAGGGAAUCAACUUUUGCCUCUGAUAGGACUUAUACACAGAUGUCAUCACCAGGACUUUGGUUAAGGCCACCUACCCAAGCCCAGAUAUUUGAACCACAAAGGACGGGAACAAGUGUAGGUUUUAGUGAAAAAAUGCCAGGAAAUUCAGACAAAGUAAUUAGACGUGAGAUUACGCGGCCAACUCAGGCCCAGGAAAAGGAAAGAUCUUGUGAUGGUAAUGAGUUGCUUGCGAGUCUUUCUGUAGACCCGAGUGUCAACUCUGGCCCCCUAACACAAAUUAAAGAAGAGAAUCUCGCUUUUCAGGAAGCAAAAGAUUAUGUUAAUGAACAAAGAUUUGAAUCAACGAUAGAGUGGUACAAGCGAGUGCAGACACGUGGUCGAAGCUGGGAACACCUUGCUGUUCUCGAUCACACAGAGGCCUGGAAACUAUUAGGCGGCUAG